AUGCCACCGCUACAGCUUCGUCCUCCCCACCUCCGCCCCUACCGACUCUUCCACCUCUCCGCCCGCCUACGCCUCCGCGAACCCCCCUCCCACUCCUCCCAAGCACCACCCGAAGACGACUACUACUCCCUCCUCCUCUCCCAGCCUAUGCCAACCCCAGCAAAAAAGACCAUCAACCCAGCCCGCGCACCCAAAUCUUCCAGCCCCACAUCUUCCCCCGCCACACCCCCACCCUCUGCCGCAUCUACCGUGCAAUCCACACCGGCUUCCAUCCAAGGCAGCGACAAGGGCCCCGACAACAGAGUCUUCUUCUCCACGCCGCUGGCGGGACCGAGUGCCAGGAUGCGCGGGCUGGCCAGAGGAGAGAAGGGACUGGCCCGUCCGCCGGAGCCGGAUAAUUGCUGCAUGAGCGGAUGUGUGAAUUGCGUCUGGGAUGCCUAUAGGGAAGAGGUGGAAGAGUGGGCUGCGGCGAGGAGGAGAAAGGAUAGGGAACAGCAGAGGCAUGCUACGAGUGGGCGGAGGAGGGUGGGGAGUGGGGAGGAAGGGAGGGUUAAAGGGAUGGGUGUGGGUGAUGGUGUGGAUGAGGGAGGGGUGGGGGAUUCGGAUGAGGUUGGGGGAUUCAGGGGCUUGGAUCUGGACGGGGACGAUGAAGGGGCGUUGUUUGAGGGGGUGCCGGUGGGGAUUCGGGAGUUUAUGAAUACGGAGAAGAGGUUGAGGGAUAGGAGGGCCGCGGAGCAUGCAGGUUGA